AUGGACAAAAGAGUCCAUCUCAACCUCUUCUACUUCUUCUUCUUAUUACUAUCAUCCUUCACUGUUUCCUUGGCUCAAACAAGCUCUACUUCUGCUGCUACUGUCACCUUAAAAACACCAGAUUUGUUAACAAAAUCAAGCCCAUUUUCACCCAAAUCUUCUCUAAUUCGUUACUGGAAAACCCAAAUCUCCAAUGACCUUCCCAUCCCUUCUUUUCUUCUCUCUAAAGCCUCUCCACUUCCACCAUUUGAGUACUCUUUGUUCACAAAACUAGCCUCCAACCACUCUCUUUCUUCCCAUCUUUCUUCCUUCUGUUCCUCCGCCGAUUUGGUCUGCUUCUCCGAUUCCUCCUCGCCGGAAUCAAGUCAUCCUAAAGACUCCAACUUUGCCGUUUACGACCCGAAAAGCUUCUCCAACUACGGCGCCUCCCACAUCGGCGGCGGUGAUACCUUCAAGAAUUACUCGGAAAACACCAACUUUGCCACCAGUGCUUUCGCCAGAUACACCGGCGCCGCCACCGGCCACCGUGAAGGGUUCGCCUCCUAUGGUACUGAUGCCAAUGUGGCUAACUCUAACUUCACCAGCUACGCCUCUGAUGCCACCGGAGGGAAUGGCGAUUUCGCUUCUUAUAUGCCGAGGGUUAACGUGCCGGACCUCCGGUUUGCGGCCUACUCUGCUAACGGGAACCACCACCCGAUGUCGUUCAAGAGCUAUGUUGAUGACACGAAUUCCGGGAAUCAACUGUUUUUGAACUACGCCAAGAAUGGGAAUGGUGUUCCGGUGGGGUUCACCGGCUAUGGCGACACGUCGAAUGUGGUUGGGUCGACGUUUUCGCACUACAGCGAGUUGGGUAACGGCGCGAAUGAUACUUUCAAAGCCUAUUCAACGAAUGCUAAUAACCCAAAAAAUGAUUUUAGAGGUUACGGUGGUAGCGGCGGCAACGCUGGGUCGGAUACUUUUGUGAGUUACCGUGACAGAGCAAACUCCGGUACCGACACAUUUGUGUCAUACGGUAGAAAAUCGAAUUCCGGGAAGACGAAUUUCGUGAAUUAUGGUAAAUCUUUCAACCCGGGAUCCGAUUCGUUUAGAGAAUACGGUAAAGGAUCCACGGUUCAAACCACCGGUUUCAGUAUUUACGCGAUGAAUUCUACAUUCAAAGAGUAUACUAAAACUGGUGUGACGUUUGGUCAAUACACAAAGCCGGGAUCGAAAGAGGGUUCUACGAAGGUUGAUGGCAGUUCGGUGAAUAAAUGGGCCGAACCGGUCAAAUUCUUUCGGGAGAAAAUGUUAAAAAAAGGGUCUAUCGUAACGAUGCCCGAUAUCGUUGAUAAAAUGCCGAAACGGUCGUUUUUGCCCCGAGCCAUCACGUCGAAAUUACCGUUUGCCACCGACAAACUCUCCGACGUGAAGGAAAUCUUCCAGGCUCAGGACAAGACCGUUUUGGACCGCGUGUUGACCAACACAUUGUCCGAGUGCGAGCGGGCGCCGAGCCGGGGUGAAACCAAGCGGUGCGUUGGCUCGAUCGAGGACAUGGUCGAUUUCACGGUUUCGGUUUUGGGUCACGAUGUGGUGGUGAGGACGACGGAGAAUGUUCGGGGGUCAAAGAAGGAGGUGAUGAUCGGAGAAGUCAAAGGAAUCAACGGUGGAAAGAUAACGAAAUCGGUGUCGUGCCAUCAAAGCCUGUACCCAUACCUACUGUAUUACUGCCACUCUGUCCCGAAAGUGAGAGUCUACGUGGCGGAAAUACUUGACGUGUCCAGCAAGGAAAAGAUAAACAAUGGGGUUGCCAUAUGUCACAUUGACACGUCAGCAUGGAGCCCAGGUCAUGGAGCCUUCAUGGCACUUGGGUCUGGCCCUGGUCGCAUUGAAGUUUGCCACUGGAUAUUUGAGAACGAUAUGACGUGGACGACGUCGGAUUGAUGAUGAAAUUGUGUGUGUGUGUGUGUGUUUUUUUUUUUGGUUACAUUCAUAAAUUCAUAGGGAUGUUAUGAGACUUUAGAAUUUCAUUGUUGUCGAUGGUUCUAAAUUUAGUGUUUUUACUUGUUUUUGUGUUUUUUUUAUA